ACACCCUCCUUCGUUCCCACCCGUACUAUUAGUAUAUUAUCAUCACGAUUCAGAAAGGCGACGGAAGCUUGUGAAUGGUAAGAAAGAGAAAGCGAUCCACACAGAAGGUGAACAGUGUUAUUGAUGGAAGUGAUCGUAGGUGUGAACAAGGAGAAGAUGGGUUUCGAGGAAACAGAACUGAGGCUGGGAUUACCCGGAAAUAAUGGAGGCGGCGCCGAAACAGAAGUGGUUAGGAAGAGAGGUUUCUCUGAGACUGAAUCAGAGAGUGUGGAUUUGAUGUUGAAUCUCUCAUCGUCAAAGGAAUCAGAUCCAACUGAUAACCUCUGCAAGAAUUCCCCAAAGGAGAAGACACUUCUGCCCUCUGAUCCUGCCAAGCCUCCAGCCAAGGCGCAAGUGGUGGGUUGGCCACCAGUGAGAUCGUUCAGAAAGAACAUAUUAAAGAGCAGUGGAGAAGAGAGCGAGAAAGGAAUCCCUAACAGUAGCGGAAGCUUCGUGAAAGUGAGCAUGGAUGGAGCUCCUUACCUUCGCAAAGUGGACCUCAAGUUGUACAACACUUACCAAGAUCUCUAUGACGCCUUGGCCAAAAUGUUCAGCUCCUUCACCAUAGGCAACUGUGGAUCCCAAGGAAUGAAGGAUUUCAUGAAUGAGAGUAAGCUGAUGAAUCUCUUAAAAAGCUUUGACUACGUCCCAACCUACGAAGACAAAGAUGGCGACUGGAUGCUUGUGGGCGACGUCCCUUGGGAGAUGUUUGUGGAAUCAUGCAAGCGUUUGCGUAUCAUGAAAGGCAAGGAGGCUAUCGGACUUGCACCGAGAGCCAUGGAGAAAUGCAAGAACAGAAGCUAGAGUAUACAUAGUGGUUACAGCAGAAUCCAUGACCUGCCAAUACUCCUUUGUAAUUGUGGUCCGACCGUGACCAAGUAAUGGAGCUAGUGAGAGAAUGGAUUGCAGUUUUUUUUCCCUGUAUCAUUAAUAUGCAUUAUAUGUAUGGUUUGUCAUGUAAUAUUUCAUACGAGAGGCAUUGACAUGUCUUAAAUAGUACUGGUUAAGAACAGAAAAACAGUGAUGGAGCUAUUAUCUGUUCUGCAAGACUUGUUAUGGCCUUCUUCGAGCCAGAAAAACAAAAAGACUCGGCUUUCUUUAAUUACUUGUUUUGAUUGUCUACUUUUCUUGCUUGUUUUAUAAUAACAAGCUUAAUGAUGUGCCUGGCUAUUCUAAUCAUCUAUCUAUCCUUGAUAUUGGUGUUCAA